AUGGGAUGCUCCCGAAGCCCUCACGUUCAAGACGCAGUGCGUGCAGCGCUGCUGGGAAGUCCUCUUGAUGGUGACUUUCGCAUUGCCUUCAAAUUGAAACCGCGAUUUCAGGUGGAGGAUUUGGUCCUCCUGGCCAGUCGGGAGUUUCCCUGCUCUUUGGAGCCUCCAGGGGUCGAUUGCAACGUCGUGCGAUGUGCGAGACGCAACGUGCUUGGAACGGCUGCCAAGCACUACCUGGCUUGCACUGCAAGAGGCAAUAAAUGGAAAUGUGUAUGGGUUGUGGCGACGUUCCGCCCGUCUCAAGCUUUCUGGUUCAUGAUGGCGGCGCCAACCGGCAUCAGCACAAACUUGCUGCAGCUUUGGCAAGUGCUGGGCGCUAGGAUGAGAUGCAAUGCUCUCUGGACGAUGCCAUGGUUUGCUCACCGAACCCUGCUCCCGUCCGUGGGACGUUUUUGGGGGCAGAGAGUGGAGUAG